AUGGAAAAUAAUAAAGAAGAUAUUAUUAAAGAACCCAAAGACUGGGACACUUUUGUUGAAAUGUAUCAAGACGUUCUUGAACAUUUUGCAAUGCAGUCUCCAAUCAUUCUGUACAGUCUUACCCAAGCCAAGAAGUUCUCCAAAAUCUGUGAGGUUGGUGUUGGUCCAGGCCUUGCAGCAAGAAUGUUCAUCAGUAACAUUAUGAAGAAGGGGGCCGCCUACUUCUGUAGUGAUCUGUCUGACGAAAUGAUCAAAGGUUUCUAUGACAACUUCCAGAACUGUGACUCAGCUCUGAAUCCAAGAAAUAAGUUGGAGAUGAUCGAAGACUUUGAAACUAUUGACACCAACAAGCAUAUCAAAGAGAUGGGAGAUGAAAUUGAGAAGAAGUUGUUUUUGGUCAAAGCAAGCAAUGAGAAGCUUCCAUAUCCAGAUGAGUGCUUUGAUUUAUAUCUUUCCAGCUUGUCGUUGCAUAUAGUCGAUAAUUACAUGGUCCAAUUAGAAGAAGCAUACAGAAUUUUAGAAAUUGGAGGAGUGGCAGGAUUUACAAUUCCUGGCAGAAAGGAGAACUGUACAAUACAUCAUUUUGUUCCAGACGUACUUGAGAGUCUUGGCUAUAGUAUCCCUCCUCCUUCUAAAAAGGAUCCUAACCAUCUCAGUAAUAAGGAAGCUCUUGAAAAAGAUUUUAAAAAAAUCGGAUUUAGCGUUGUAAAAACGUAUUAUACCCAAGCGAAUUUUAUAAUGAAAAACGUAACGGAGAUGCUAAAUAUUAUAAUAAAAUUCAAAAUCCUCUCCAGUGUCCUCUCCACUCUCUCUCCCACUCAGAUGCAAGAACUGACUGCAGAACUAGAGAAGCAGUGGGAACUCAAGUUCGGACAGGGCACUACAGAAGUGCAGGAGUUGGAGCUACUCGUCGUCAUUGCUACUAAGUAGGCUAAGAAGUUCAGUCAAUU